AUGAAUAGGAUCAAACGUAAAGCUAUAGAAAAUCCUGAAGCUCCUCCAGCUCAAAUAUUACGAACUGAAUUGCGAAACGUUUCACCAGCGGUAUUAGCGGAAAUGCCAAACAGAAUUAAUUCCCGAAAAAGUCUUAGUCGUGAAAGAUUAAAAGAUUUUCCCUCGAACCCGCGAACGCUGAGAGAAUUGCAGGAUAUUCCAGGCUUUUAUCAAAAUUCAUUGAAUGGAGAUAAAUUUCUAAUUUACGACUCCUAUGAAAAUGACGAAGACUCAGAAUUUGGGAGAAUACUCGUGUUCGCGACGCCUGAAAAUUUAAGGCAAUUAUUCAGGAGCAUAUUGUGGUUUGCCGACGGAACAUUUAAAACUGCGCCAAGUAUAUUUUUCCAAGUUUUCGCAAUUCUCGGAGCAGUUACACAACCGGAUUCAAGAGGAAAACCACAAACUAUUGGUUUACCUUUUGUCUACGCAUUAUUAGAAAACAAAGAGCAGAAAGUAUACGAAAAAGUAUUCUCGGUUGUUUUGCAAGAGGCAGAACGUCUAGGUAUCGAUAUUUCUCUUCCGAUUAAAGUGAUGACAGAUUUUGAGUUGGCUAUCAUCAAUGCUGUAAAAAUCGUAAUGGGCGAAGACAAGGCACGCUGCUGUUUUUUCCACCUCUGUCAAAACAUGUAUCGCCAUAUCCAAAGUGAAGGACUUCAGAAAAUGUAUUGCGAUCCUGAAGAUCGAUCGGUCAAAGUAGCCACUCAUAUGAUAUGUGCCCUUGCUUUCGUCCCACAUCAAAACAUCGCCCGAGAAUUCGAAACCUUAAAAAAUGAAAUACCGGAGGAAAUGCGACCAAUUUCAAAAUACUUUGACGCUACGUACGUCCGAGGAAAACCUGCAAAAGGCCGACGUAAACAGGUGCAUCCUCGCUAUGCUCCAGAUUUGUGGUGUCAAUAUGAUGCAGUCAUUCAACAAACUGCGAGAACGAAUAAUAUAUCCGAAGGAUGGCACAACAGGCUUCAAGUUGUUAUAGGGAAAGAUCACCCCAGCUUCCACAUUUUUCUUUCCGAGUUGCAGAAAGAGCCAUCGGACACAGAAAUAAUGAUGCGACAAUUGCAAUCAGGACAGCAAGUUAAGAAAAAUAAAGAUUCCAAGAGGUUGAAACAUGAACAGAGAAUAUUUAACAUUGUUUCGAAAUAUCACGAAUAUGUUGAUAACAAUGAUAUUGUCACAUACUUGAAAACUCUAGGAUACUAUAUUCGCAUGUGA